AAAUAAAAAAUAAACCUUCUUCUUGUCGCUAAAAUCUUCUUCUCGCUUUUUAUUAAGACCCGUCUAAACUCCGUGGACAACAAAAUGUGACCCACUUCCUGUCUUUUCCGGAAAAUCUCUCGCCAUGGCGGAACAGACUGAGAGAUCAUUUCAAAGACAGCCAACAGUCUUCUUGAACAAGAAGUCUUCUUUGUUGUCCGCUAAGGGCAAGAAGAAUCUACGUUACACCAGAAAUGUUGGUCUGGGAUUCAAGACACCUAGAGAUGCUACUGAAGGUACAUACAUUGAUAGGAAAUGUCCAUUCACUGGCAAUGUGAGCAUCCGAGGCCGCAUUUUGUCAGGUGUUGUUACUAAGAUGAAGAUGCAGAGGACCAUUGUUAUACGUAGAGAUUAUCUACACUUCGUGAAAAAAUACCAGAGGUUUGAGAAGAGACAUAAAAACAUGUCUGUUCAUCUCAGUCCAUGUUUCAGGGAUGUUCUUCUUGGAGAUGUAGUAACAGUUGGAGAAUGCAGACCACUCAGUAAGACUGUCAGAUUCAACGUUCUCAAGGUCUCAAAAGCAGCAGGAUCUAAGAAAGGAUUUAAGAAAUUCUAAAUGCUGUGUAAAAAUAAGAGAAAAUAAAUGAAAAAAAAUC